AGGGGAAAGGAGAGAGCGAGAGUGAGAGCACAAGGAAAUUCACCCACAGAGUGUAAGGACGGAUUUCUGUGAAGAAUGUCUUCAACACGAAGUGAAAAAGAAGAUUUGAAAACACAAGAUUCUCAUUCAGAACCAUGUGUGUCAAAUGAUCGGUUGGAGAUUGAUGUCCGAUCCAAGAGUUGUGAUUUGUCCUCUUCAGGGGAUUCCACUACUUCUCUCCUCUCUCCUAUUUAUCAUGAUAGUUAUGAAAGUGAAGAUGAGGAAAAUGAGUCUCCAAACAAGCAGGCAGACAGACUUUCAAGCAGAGAUUCAGAGUCUACGCCGAGCAGUUGGAAAGACGGUGCCUCAAAAAAACCAGUAGUUUCUACUCCACAUGCGCAAAACAAAUCCAGAGAGAACAAUUGGUUGAAAAGAGAAAGUCUGCACAGGAGUUGUAAUUUGGAGUUUUUGAGAGAUUCCACCACUUCUCUACUCUCUCCUAUUUACCAUGAUAGUUAUGAAAGUGAGGAGGGGGAUAUUGAGGCCCCGAUGACACCUGCAAGUAGAACAUCAAAUAGAGGAUUGAUAUCUACUGCAAGCAAACAGAAAAACAUUCCGUCAAAAAGACCAACGGUGUCUACUGCAGUCAGACCAAAAACAUCCAGGUUUAAAGCUUCAUUAAGUAAGGACAAACUCAGUGAAGAGGAAGAGCAACACUCUAAGGGAGGUGAUCUUACUGCCUGGGAGAAGUGGCUUAUCAAGAAAGCAAAGGAAGAACGCAUAAAAAUACAGAACAAAUUUCAACAGGGAAGUCUUUCAGAGAUGGCAUUAAAACAAGCAAAAUUAAAAGAAGAAGAAGAACGUGAAAGGAAGAGGAUUCUUGCAGAAGCUGAACAUAAACGUUGGGUGCAAAGAAAAAAUGAAAAGGAGAAAAUGGAAAAAGAAAUAAAGCAUCACAAAGAACAAGAGGAAAAAAAAGCCAAGGAACAAGAAAGACGGCUCGCAGCAGGAAAAGCAGGUGAAAAAUUUCAAGAAUGGCUGAAGAAAAAGAAGUUGCAUGAAAUGGAGACAAAAAGGAUAGAAAAGGAUGAAGAAGAAAAAAAAAUAGCUGAAACACAAGAAAGGAAGGAAAAGGCAGACAAGGUUUACCAAGAGUGGUUAGAAAAGGUCAAAAACAGACCUCGGACUGUCCCGAGCAGCUUUGGUUAUGCUAAUGGUAAACUCACAGGUUACUAUGAUGGAUGUUCAUACCCAGCACCAAGUUACUGCAAUCCUGUUCCAUGGAAGCCCAUCCCUGUGCCACACUCUGAAGACACCAUGAGAAAAAGAACUUGCAAGACGAAAGAGAAGCCAAAAUCCAACUGUGUAUAUAGAACACAUUCAAAUAUGGCUUUCAGACCAAAGGACAAUCUAAUUGUUGGAACAGCUUGGAAGAAAUCAAGAUGACUAUUUUUUAACUGGCUGUGUUAAUAGUAAAUCCAAUUAUUUAAAUUUUCAUUCAGGUACUUUUUUUAUGUUAAUG